AUGAGCAGCGAAAAGGAGCUCGAGAUUGAGGCUAACUCUCUCCGCAGAGUCGCCUUUUUCGGCGUUGCCAUCUCUACGAUGGCCACCCUUGUUUGCGUCAUCUCAGUGCUUGCUAAGGUCUCAGGAGGAGCUUUGAGAAGUCGCCGUCAAGCUGGAUACACCUCUGCUGGAGUUGAAGGCGGUUUUGAGUCAGCCCCUGCUGGAGUUUGCUGUGGUUGCGGAGUUUCUCCUGCUGGACCCCCUGGACCUCCAGGACCCAAUGGAGAAGAUGGAGCAGAUGGACAGCCUGGAGCACCCGGCAAAGAUGGACCUGAUGGACCUCCACCUACCCCUGCUCCCCCACACGACUUCUGCUUCGAUUGC